AAUUCAAGACUGCAGAAGAAAAAUCAUAUUAAAAUCAUAUUGUUGUGAUACUGUUUAAUUUUAAUAUUCACAGCGAAACUGGAAUCCUGAGAUGCAAUCGAGUCAACUAUGACAUGGUCUGACUUUGUCGCUCCCUUUAUUUUUGCGUUUAGCAAAUAAGGAAUAAGGAAGAAAUAUUCAAGAUCUUUAUUAAUGAUUCAAAUUACAUACGUAAUUAGUCGACUGGACAGUUGGAUUAAAAAUAUGGCGUAUUUGAAUACAGCUAGGGCCUUCCCAUCGAUUUCAUAUUAUUUACUCUGUCACAAUAAAUAAUGGCAUGUUUAUUUAGCCGUCACUCAACUAAUCCUAGGUCCAGUAUUAGUUUAAAACUGUAAUGAAAUGGAUACCAAAGUUAUUUGUCAAGUUAUCACGAUACUUUUCUCUUUUUCGCUAGUUAGUCAAGUGGUCGGAGCUACUUUUGAGAAUGACGUUACGUUAACUCUGGAACAAAAGAAAGUUUUGGACCAGUUUCGGAAUGAUCUUGUUGGAAAAUUACCUCACGCUUACAUGGAGACAGAAAUGUAUCUCAUAAAAUGGCUGAGAACCAGUAAUUUCCAGAUUAAUUCCGCCAGGGAAAGAUUAUCCAAGAAUUUAAGGUGGCGAGUUGAGCAAAAUAUGGAUAAAAUACACACACAAGACUGGAGUGAUAUGUGGGAUGCAGAUUUUCAUUACUUUACCGAUGGUCGAGACAAAUUAGGACGACCGUACAUGUUUGUGCCGAUAGGACACGCAGACGCCAGGAAGAUGGUCUUGCAAGGAAAAGGUAGCAGAUUAAGUCGCUACGUGGACAAAGUUAUGGAUGAAUUUUGCAACUUGGUCAGAGAAUCUGGCGAAAAGUAUAACACAACACGGGGGACUAUUCUCUAUGAUAUGAAUGGAUUUAAUCCUUUGCAACAUGCCUGUCUCCGAUGCAUACCCUACAUACUGAAAAAUAUCGUCGGUUACGACAAUCACUUUCCAGAAUGCGUGGAUAAGGCGAUAUUUGUGAAAGCACCUCCGUCAUUGCAUGGAUUGAUGGACAUGGGAAAACCUUAUAUUCCUGAACAGUUUAAAAAGCAUAUAUUCAUUUACGGAAAGUCAAAGCAAGUGUGGAUGAAAGCGUUGCGACAGGAUUUUGACCUUACUGAACUCCCUCCAAGUUUGGGUGGGUCGAAAAUCUUUGAAAGGAUGAAUGACGAGUAAACUUUCUUUGUGAAUUGAUUCGUAACCAGAAAAUGUCACAUUUUUCAAGUUUUUUUUACGAAAUAAUUUUAUUUUGAUAGACAAAUGUCUAUACACUAUACAUAUUUAUGUAUAUUAUUAAAAUCCUAUUUUAAUUAUGUAUGUCAUUAAUUAUAUCCUGCAAAGAAACAAGAUCUUGCAUCUAUAAAUGCAUGAACAAAUACUUACAAGACGUUGUAAGGAAAUGUGCUAACUAAUUGUAAGUUUUGUAUAAAUUUUGUUUAUUUCCCACACUAAUAAUUAAAAUCUUAGUGAGUGCAGUGUUUUCCUCUUGAAUACAAAAUUUACGUAAUUAUGAGUUUAUGUAUGUAAAACUAUAAGGUGUAGACAAACAAUAAAACUGAUAUUCAUCUUCA